AUGGUUGCGGGCUUGCCUAAGCUUACGUAUGAGGAACCUCUCCAACGACUGGCAUUACCUUCACUCGAACAACGGAGAAUGCGAGGAGAUCUCAUCCUGGCUUUCAACAUCUUCAACGGGAAUGUAAACCUACCAUUUGCGGAGUUCUUCAUCCCUGCUCCAGAUAGAAGUCUUCGUGGGCAUGAUCGCAAACUCUAUCCCCGACACUUUCGACUCAACAGGCGGAAGGCUACAUUUUCCGUCUGUAUCGCAGCCCCGUGGAACAAGCUACCACAAGAUGUCAUUCGACUGCCCACCACUCCCCUGUUCAAAGAGGCUCUGGACAACUGUGGCGACUAUGUAUAA